AUGUCUCAAGCAUCGCGCCCGCCGUAUGAAGGUACCACGCGGCAAUUAGUGCUCGCUUUUGAUGUCGGCACAACGUUCAGUGGGAUCUCCUACAGCAUCUUGGAUCCUGGUCAAUCGCCUACGAUACAUGGUGUAACGAGGUUCCCUGGGCACUGGUCGGAUCCUAACAUCACCGCAUCGGUCUCGAAGAUCCCCACCGUCAUUUACUACGACAAACUCGGUGAUCCAUGUGCAUUUGGCGAAGAGACAAAGCACAAGGACAUCGCCAAGAUGGCGAAGAAAGGUCGGUGGACGAAGGUCGAAUGGUUCAAACUAUACCUCCGCCCCAAGUCUGCACCCGGCGCCGAUGUCACUCCCAAUUUGCCGCCGCUGCCUCGUGGAAAGAAGGUCGUGGAUGUCUUGGCCGACUUCCUUGGAUAUUUGAAGGCAUGCGCCGCCGCUUUCAUCCAGAGCGCCCAUGGAAACGACCUCUGGGAGUCUAUCGCGGGCAAGGAAGAUGAGAAGAAGGCUGAUUCCAUCAUUUAUAUCCUCGCUCAUCCCAAUGGCUGGGAAGGCGCCCAGCAGGCAACCAUGCGCGAGGCAGCGGUCAAGGCAGGCCUGAUACGCGAUGAGAAGGAAGAGCGGCUUUCGUUUGUGACCGAGGGGGAGGCGAGUCUGCACUAUGCAGUUCAACAAGGUUUGAUCGAUGUAAAAGCUCUCAAGAAAGGGGAUGGAGUCGCCAUUGUGGACGCUGGAGGCGGAACCAUUGAUAUCAGCUCGUACACCAAAGCGACGAUGAUCAAGAAGGAUAAAGGAACCUUCGAAGAGAAUUCUCCUCCUCAAUGUUAUUUCCAUGGUUCGGUCUUCGUGACCAUUCACGCCCGCAUCUUCCUAGAAGGGUACUUGAGGAACUCGGGGUACUUUGAAGAUCUGGAUAAGAUCAUGCAGAUUUUCGACACCACGACCAAGCCAAUGUUCCGUAACCCAAACCAAACUCAGUAUCUCAAAUUUGGAACGGUGAAAGACAACGAGCCAGGAGUCAGAAUUUGGUUUGGUCAAUUGAGGUUGAGUGGAUCGGAUGUCGCGAUGUUUUUCAAGCCUUCCGUCCAUUGCAUAACCAAUGCUAUCCUCGAGCAGAAGAAGUCUUCUCAGAAACCUAUAACGCAUGUUGUCCUCGUUGGGGGCUUCGCAGCAAGCGAUUGGCUUUUUGAGCAAGUCAAAGAGUCGUUAGCCCAUCUGAAGCUCAACAUUACUCGACCACAAACCUCUACGAAUAAGGCCGUUGCAGAUGGUGCCAUUUCCUUCUACCUCGACCACUUCGUCAGAUCUCGUAAGACCAGAUACGAUUUCGGCAUCGUUGGUGGCGUCCGCUACGAGAAAAACAAACGGGAACACCGGAAGCACAUUAAACAAGUUGGCGAAGAUGUUUUGUACAUCAGCCCUUCGGGAGACCAGAUGCUUCCCGACAACUUUGGGCGUAUGCUCGCAAGGAACGUUCUCGUCGAGGAGACGCAAGAACUGCACUGGAGUUGUUUCGAAAUAGCCGAGGGUGAGACCGCCGAGUUCAAGCUCAACACCCCGUUCUGGUGCUACAAAGGCACGAUGGAAAAUCUGGAGUGGAGAAGCAAGGACGAAGCCAACUUCGCGCCACUGUGCGAUAUCCUCGCUGAUCUCUCGCCCAUCCCUCCGGAAGUGGGUACGAACCCGUCUGGAAACAAGUACUGCACAGCGAGGUUCACUCUUGUCUUGUACUUCGGCUUGACGGAGUUGAAGGCCGAGGUAGAGUGGACAGAUAAGGAGAAUGACAACGAGAAGAAACGAUUCCCAGCCAGGAUAUACUAUCCGUUGCAGAUUCCUGUUGAGCUGAGUGAGAUGGAAUAG